CAAUCACCAGCCUGUUAAGCGCCCAGUCGAGCGAUGGCGUGUUCGUGUGAAUGUGAUCCUGGUCAGGCCUUUGGACGGCUUCUGCUCUCUCGUUCUCCUUCUCUUGCUGGGUUGUGCUGGUCCAUUCCCUCUGCUACGCGCCCGGCUCAUCCAUCCCUCCUUGUAGGUGGCUUUGACUGGCCCGUCCGGCCCAUCCAUCCUCGUGCUCAGCUGCAUGAUGGCUUACAGCUCGCUCCAUCUGACCAACCUGCUUCAAAGCAGUCGUUCUGGCCGCCAGAGCCUGCAGCAGCACCAGUCAUGGGCCACUCCACCUCAAAGGUUUGUACUGGACACCCUACGUUACUCGUAUCUAAAUAUUGCCAUCCCCCAGCCUGCCGCUGCGCUUGAUCUCUUUUCCUCCCUUCACACAAGCAAGUCUUGUUAAUUUUGGUUGUGCGGUUGCAAAGAGCUAUUCUUGUAAGAAGAAAAAUCAGAGAUUCUUUUUCUGUUUCAGAACUACCUAAUUCGUCUGCAAGAAUCGUGUCUGGUACACUAUUCUUGGUUCAAUUCUCGACUGCAAGACAGUCCCACGUGCGUCCAGCUGAUUGAACAGUCUUUCUGCCUUGCAUAUCAGUCUACUCUGUCAGUGAGUCAGUCAGUCAGUCCUCGACGACAACAACGACAAGAAGCGCGGUUACUCAGAGCUGGGCUCGAUCUUGCCGCCUUUCGGAGACGCCACUGUCGACGACAUUGACUCCGAGAUUGCCGCCAGUCUCUGCAGACAUUCACGCUUCGUGAACUGGAUCAGAGAAGAAGAAGCAGUCAUUCUAUUCUUCAAAUCCUCAGUCAACACACACCACCGUUGCUGGCCAACGGUGUUUUUCUUCUUUCCACCGGACAGAACUAAUAGCUCUUUUGCCUUGCCAAAUAUAUCACACCGCACAUUCCAGCCUUGCUGUGCCGCGCCAACAUACAUAUCGCAAUAUCUGCCCUACUAUUUCGGGCAUACACUACACACUCACUAUUGUACCUGUCGAUACCCAUUUCAGCCUGUCUUUCAGACCCGGUCCUGGUCGAUCGAGUCCCGAGUCUUUUCCAAGCAAGCGGAGAAGCCUGACAGCACCUGCACUGCUCCUGGCGAGUAGCGUUGUUGAACACCCUGCCGAGCUACUGUCGAAUCUACUGCACCCUCGAGCUGUGCCGCACGACCUUGCAGCAAUAGCCUCCCCUUCGGGUACAGUUAGCCUCAUAUCCGAGAGGCCGGAAGCACGUCAAGACGCCACCAUAGCGCAACUCAGCAUUCGGUCGUCAGUCUCACCAGUCAUCGUCGCCGUGCUUCCAUUAUUGGAAGCCCUCAACAUUCCUGCUAUUACUACUUUAGCUCGUUGCUCUUCUUCGCCUUCAGCCUCAAACACACACUCGUGCCUCAAUAUUGUUGUGGUCGUCCUGUCCCCACAGGUUGCCGGUCAAUCUAAGCUCCUACCCAGAUCCAGCACAAGCACCUUUCUCAAUCCUUCCUAGAUACAAUCUGUCAUCGAUUUUCUCCUUGACGUAUCUGUCGAGGAAGCUCUGCCCGUCCGAGAUCUCGCCCUUCACCCGGCCGGUGAUCGAUCCUUCCAUCCCAGUACAGCAUCGACGACCAAGCAUCGUAUAGCAUUGCACGUCCCGUCUGGCAUUUUGUGUCUUUUUAGUCUGGAACACUCGGUUCUCACCAGGCCCUUUACCUGCAUAUAAUAUCGGCAUCCAGCUUUGCGCAUUAGCCUCCAGCAUCAGCAUCAGCAUCAGCCUCGGUAUCGGCAACGUUAAUAUCUCAUCGAAUUUUAAUACCGUUUUCGACUUUACGCUUCUUUCAGCUCUUCAGCAUUUUCGACGAACUGCAACGCACUAUCACGAACCACACGAGUCUCAACGGCAUAGCAUACCCUACGAUCUUUAUUGUCUAAUUUGACGCCCAACAAUAUCUCGACAAAAGAACAAAAAAAGGAGUCGAACAGAAAUGUCAUCACCAGCAGUCCAGCUUUCAUUCACCCUUCGCACCUCGCCCAACGUCCGCACCGUCCACCUCCUCGGAUCCUGGGAUAACUACAAGUCACAACUUCCUUUGUCCUUGGUCAAGGACAGCACGGCAAAGCCCGGAUCCUGGAAGGGCACUUUCCGCUUCCAAGGGGCCAACGCCCUCAAGCUCGGCUCGCGGUACUGGUACUAUUACAUCGUCGACGGCUAUCAUGUCUCCCACGACCCGGCCAAAGAAUUUGUCACCGAAAAGACCACGGGUCGCAAACUUAAUGUGGUCGAUGUCCCAGCCGGAAAUGGGAACCGAGACAAGGCUGCGGCAACAGCUACCAGGACAACAGCCCAAAGGCCGUCAGUGAACACCAGCGCGGCCAUCACAUCCGCUCAGCAACACUACGGCAGCCGCCACAGCCGCGAGAUUCCUCAGGGACGGGCCCUCAGCCCCGGCAAGAUCCAGCAUCCGAAGCCCAGCAAACCUUAUGCGUCACGCCAACUCCGCGAAGCCGACUACGAGCACUCGCCUGUGGACGACCUCGAGGAGCGGUUUGCAGGCUACCGCAUCAGCAGCGGCACUUCAUCCAGCUCAUCACCGUCCGAACUUUCAGACGACAGCUCAUCGAGCGGGACGGCGUUUUCGCGCUCCUCCCCGUCGACCAUGUCCAGCGUGAGUGAUCGUAGCUGUCGCUGUGAGAGGUAUGGCGUGACCCGGUCCGGACAGCGCGUCAAACUCGACUGUGGCGGCAAGCGCUGCGGCGGCUGGAGCUCCAGCUCUUCCGAGUGCGGUUCCUCUACCGGUAGUGAUGAGGAGUCGAGUGGCGACGAGCGUGCCCGUCGUGCUCGCAUGCACAAAGAGGCUGCAAGAGGCCACGCUGCUCCCUCGUCGGGCAAGAGUCGUCCAACUGGCGGAGACGACCGACGAAGGACUGUCGUGGUAGAGCGGAGAAGGAGGUAGACUGUCAGCGGAGUUGUGUGUGAAAUUCAAACUCGAGCAAACACCUGGAUUGGGUGGUGAGUAAGAUGAGGACGCCAAACACGAAAAAGAAAACCAAGAAAAAAUAACCCCAAAUGUGGCAUUGACGGUAAAGAAGAGGCAUGGAGCGUCCGUGUCUCUUGACUCCUGUCCUCCAUGAAGACAAGUCUCAUUCCCGGCGUUGGCAUGAAACAGCGUCGCUCCUCGUCACCGUCACAUUGCCACCGAGUCCCAUCCACACCAGCCUCUCCAGUCAAGAAACGGCACCUGUGCAAUCCUGGGGUCUCCUAGCUAGUGAAAGGACCCAAGGGACUCUUGAAGGAGUCGGGGAAAGUAAGGGGUUGAAAGUCGAGCGCGUCCAUCCGUCUGUCCUCCUGUCCUUCUAUCCUUCCGGAUGCCUUGCUGCAUGAACAAUGGAUCCUCGUCACCUGUGUGAAUGGACGAGGAUAGCAGGCACUGGCACGGGACUGACUGUACGGGGGAGCAAGGACGUGCAGUCCUUGGAUGGACGAGGAGAGGAAACGAGAGAGCAAGAGCUAUGGCAGGUAGAGGACACAAUCGAGUACCUACCUGCCUGGAUACGAGAAGAGAAAGGAGAUAAGAGAUGGAACCGAGUCUCCCCGGUCAAUGGAUGGAAGGUAGUGGCACCCAAUGCCCGGAGUGAAGAAUGGUUGCUGGGCCUUUGAGGUUCAGGAGCCGGUGGGCUGAAUUCCGUCUGCCCGUCUACCACCACCAUCCGACACCGCCAAACGUCAAUGAUGUCCAUGGAAGUCGACAAGGCACUGUGUUCAUGUUCUGCGUUGACCUUCUGUUCUGUGCGGCGCUGUGCUCUGUUCAGUUCUGCUCAAUGCGCCAGACAGAAGAUCUAAGCACUAGCACUGUAGAACAUUGAAAAAAGAAAAUCAAAUGUCCAUGCUUGCAUCAAAUUUAUACUAUAUCUUCGUACCAUACCUACCUAAGUACAGUACCUCAUUUUUUGCGUUGCAUUGCGCGGUUCACGCCAGUCAACUCAUCUAUACCUUGUGUAGUGUAUGGACGUGGAAAACGCUCGAAGGCAGAACACCUGCAGUCCGUAUCGACAGUAAGGGAAGGUUGCGCCUG